UACACAAGCAGGGGCGGACUGACAACUCAUGGGGCCCCCCAGGCAAUAGGGGAUCAUGGGGCCCCUGUGUCCUUGCCCAAAACUCAAAAAAGCCUAUGAAAAAGGUACCAGGGGCAUCUCAUGGGGCCCCCUACAGACACAGGGGCCCCAUGAUCCCCUAUUGCCCGGGGGCCCCAUGAGUUGUCAGUCCGCCCCUGAUCCCCAGUGACACUAAUACAGUGAUCAGUGCUAAUAAAAAAGCACUGACACUACUAAUGACACUGGGCAGGAACAGGUAAGCUUU